AUUGUCAAAAGUAGAUGUCGCUCAAACUCGUCGGGCUGUAAAACUUUAGGAAUUCGUUUACGUGAACCCAACCCAAAAGUGUAGUUUUAUUAUAGUUUUUAAUAAUUUUUAGGUUGAUUUUUAUACUAUUUCAAUAAUUAAGUAUUUAAAAUGCAGACGAUUAAAUGUGUAGUGGUUGGCGAUGGAGCUGUUGGUAAAACUUGUUUAUUAAUUAGUUAUACUACAAAUAAAUUUCCUUCUGAAUAUGUCCCAACAGUUUUUGAUAAUUAUGCUGUAACAGUUAUGAUAGGUGGAGAACCUUAUACUCUAGGAUUGUUUGAUACUGCAGGCCAGGAAGAUUAUGAUCGACUUCGUCCAUUGAGCUACCCACAAACAGAUGUCUUCUUAGUAUGUUUUUCAGUUGUUAGUCCGUCUUCUUUUGAGAAUGUAAAAGAAAAGUGGGUACCUGAGAUCACACAUCAUUGUCAAAAGACACCAUUUUUGUUAGUCGGAACACAAGUGGAUCUUCGGGAUGAUGGUGCGACAAUAGAAAAACUAGCAAAAAACAAACAGAAACCUAUAUCAAUUGAACAAGGUGAAAAGUUGGCCAAAGAAUUAAAAGCAGUCAAGUACGUUGAAUGUUCUGCCCUAACUCAAAAAGGAUUGAAGAAUGUAUUUGAUGAAGCAAUCUUAGCAGCUUUAGAACCACCAGAACCAGUCAAGCGCAAAAAAUGUAUUAUUUUGUAAAGCCGUUUCGGUAGAAAUAUCAAAAAUAUUUCUAAGGGACAGAAGGUCCUAAAUGAGAGACAAUUUAUCUUACCUAUAUAUAUCCACAGAUACGUGAAGUUGGCAUUCUUAAUUUACAGGGAAUUUUGAAAUUAAACAGUUACUUCUAUUAGACAGGGGCCAACUUCACUUACUUAUUUCAGCAACAGGUAUUGUCAAAUGGGCAAUAACUUCAUUUUGUUUAUUCCAGCAUACUCAAAUAUGUAUGGGAACAGUUUUUAGGAAUUGUAUUGUGCUGGCCAAGAAAGAAAGAGAAUGUGGGGGAAAAGACAGGUUUUAUUUUUUAAAUAUAAUAUAAUAAUUCAAAUUAUAAAUCGUUUUUCAAUAACCGCAGUUAUUAUUAAACAUCAGUCUAGUGCAACAAAGGAUUUUCCUCUACUUCUCUUUUUCUUUUACCUCUAGAUGAUAUAUUAGAGUUCGGUAACUCUUUUAUUCAUUUCUUCCACUGUCUUUUGUCACCUUUCUCGUAACGUCCUUUUGUCCCAUUUUUUUUUCAUUUUAUCUAUUAGUUUUUUAAUGUUACCCGCCUCUAUUAUGUAUCAUCUUAAUAUGUCCUUGGAGUCUUAUUAUUCUUGAAUUUUUUACCAACAUUGAACUGAUACUUCAAUUCACAAUGAUCAAGUCUUGUAUAGGAUGUAGCAAACCUUCUGCCUGGACUGAAAUUGUCUUAAGCAUUCUCCCAUUCUCUUAUUUUUUUGUAAAUACUUUUUUUCUUGGAAAUAUAAUUUUAAUCGAUUGAUCGUUACAUCUCUAGCAUGUUAACACCUAUUUUUAAAAGUUGAUUAUAAGCAUUUAAAACAAAAAUUUGUAAGAUCUGAAUUGAAAUUUUGACUAUAAGGAUGCGAGACUCGACUAACUUUAUCAUUUGAAAUGCAAAUUUGAAAAAAAAAAUAUGAAGGAAGUGAUUGAAACUAUUGCUUCACUAAUUUUACUUGCAAUUAGUUGUUUAAACUAAUCUUUUGGUAGUAAAAAAAUUUCCAGAAACUUUUAAAAGUUCACAGAUACCAUUUCUGUAAUGGAUUAAUCGAAAGAACCUCCAUUAAAUCGUAGGAACUAGUGAAACUUGCUUUCCUACAUUUUCUAAGAAGCGCUUGUAUUGUUCAUCGAAAAAUGGCAAAGACUUAAACAAUUUUUGACCAUCUUAUGUCAUAUUGAAAUUAAAAAUUAAUAGUUAAUUUAAUAACUUUACAACUUCUAAGCUAAAAGAAACUAUUUAGUGUUACUAAUAUUAUACUGGUUUAGUAGUUACCACAAACUUCUGUCCACCUAACAUUCUUUUAACAUAAAUAUGAAUGUUUUCAAUUCAGUCAUUGUCAGCAUUUUCUUCUGUCUUCAUGUGCUCCAGAUUCUCUGAGCUCAGUGACAAGGGAAUAUACUUGAAAAUACUAAGCAUGGCUUUCUCAUGAUAAAUUUUGCUUUGUAGUUAAAUUAAAACAAACGUGUCCUAUGCAUUAAUUUAAGUUAAAAGGAACUUCUUCCAAUACAAAAAGUUUUCCUGGAAAGGAAGCAAAUUAAAAAAGUGGAAAAAGGCUUUUUCUAUUGUGGAGAGAUGAAAAAAUAAACCUUGCAAGUAGUCCGGUCAAUUUAAACAUUCGAAGUUAUAUAAAUUCCCAUCAGUGAAAAAUAUAAUUCAAAAUAAAAUUUGAAAGUUCUCCAAGGUCACGAGUCAAAAAAAUGAGUUUCGCGAUUUUCAGCAAAUCGGUAAGUUUUAUCAUAAAAAUGCUUAAGAUAAAAAUUGUAGAUUAUAAAAUUAUCUACAAAAAAAGUAUCAAUACUUUUUUUCCUACGAGUCACUGUUUCUGAGAUAUAGUGAUAUUCAAAAAGUUAUAAUCGUCAUAUGUACACGUUUCCACGCCACCUAUGAGGUAGUGUACUUAGUGCGUUUUUUUAACGUGGUUUCCCCGGAAAGUCUGUUGUGAUCAUUUUUAAAAGUAAAAACAAUUUAAAUUAAAAAAAGUUGUGAAAUUUAAUCGUCCAAAUCGUAACUUACAAAUUCUUUUUCUUCAUUGUGAUUGCAUGUAGAUUGCGUGAAUAGCGAUGCAUUAGAGCACGACCAGCCUUGACAAGGCUUGACAUGCCAGAGAACAAAGCCUUUUUUCGCAACCACAUUUAGCACUACAUCUCUUUAGGCAGUUGCAAAAAAUUGUGUCCGGUAGUUUUUCCGGCGCAAGUGGAAAUAGAGUUUGAACGGGUUCUAAUUUAUUAUUGACUUCCAACCCCAGUUUGUACGGUCUAGCUGAUAACCAAGCCACAUUCAAACUUGGUAAUGUACCCGAACAAGAUAUACUGAUAGUUUUUUCAGGAGCUCCGUACAUAAAAAGAAAAAGCUAAUGCCAUUGGUUGCUUGUAAAGUUGAAUGAUUAUUUUUAAAAACUUCAGCAUAUUAAACUAAAUCUUGUUUAUAAAACAUUUUGGAAACUGUUAUUUUACCCAUCCCGUAAAAUGUAGAUAUCGCAUCACAGCCAAUUAUUGCGGAUAAAAAUAGUACUAUGAUUUUGACACGUGGCAAAAGUAGUUAAACUUUUCGAUGAAUAGAUUUCCGAUUGAUGUUGAGAUUUACCUGGUUUUAGGAAGAAAAUAGUUUUUUCAAUUGGAGUUUGAGCAGUGAGUAAUACGAGUAAGUCUACAUCUUCACCAACAAACAUAAAACUCAGCCACACACACAAUUAAACAGGAGACAGUUGUUUUUUCAAAGUAACCGUAAAAACCUGCUAAGAGAUAAUGAAGAUGUUAAAAAGAAUUUUUGUUUUUAUCAAUUGUCGAAUUACUCAAAAGAAGAUUAUUAUAUAUAGGGUUGAAGGUUGAAACCAUACAGUUUUUCACGACGAUGCAGUCUUCAUAAACAAUGGUUUUAAACAAUUGCACGAGGAGUCGGAAUGAUAGGUCAGACUGAAAAUACUAAACAAACUUCACCAAAACUCAAUAACUCAACAAAGCUAUUGUCUUCAGAAACCAAAAGUAGUUGAAGAGUAGAAAUUUCAAAUGCGCCCAAAAAUGGAAUCAUAGCUUCAUCCUUUUUUUGUUGACACUCAUGUGACUUCCUGUUGAAUAUUUGGAAAUCUAAAAACCCAUCCAUUUUCAGGUAGACUUUGAAUUCUUGUUUUACAGUGUAUUGUCGUUGGCACAUAGAUCCCUUCUGAAGGGAAUCUUAGUUAAAUUGGUACUCAGCAUGUUUGACAUUUCUAGUCUUUAAGAAGAUUUUUUCCCGCUUUUAUUGGCAGAAAUAAAGCUGGGUUUACACUAUAUAUAGCUAUAAGUAAAUUUGAUACCAUUCAGUGUAGCAGAGCUACAUAUAACUUGGGAAAAACUGGAGUGUUCAGUUCCCAGUCAAAUGCCGAAUAAGAAGGUAGUUAUUGCAGCAGCCGCUGCUACUCAACAUAGGAAAUAGUCUUAAAUGUGCUAUAUGUAUCACUUUUUUAACUUGUAGCUACAUACUGUAAACCUUGCUCAAGUGAUCAUAGGGAAAAUGGUUUUUUCUAUAAUGAUCGAAGGUAUUGUAGAAAUAUAAAAAUUCCUAGUACUUCAGGAGCUUUUUAAAUAUAUUAAAAUACUAUUAUUCAAAAGGGCUUUCGUUAAAAAAAAUGUAUAUAGUCGAGUCUCAUCACAUUUUUUACUUUUUAUCUAAUUGUUUUAAAUGUGAUUUUUUUGUUUGAAAUACAGCUUCGUUUUUGGAUUUAUAUAUUUAUUUAUUCAGAUUUCACUUUAUGUAAAAGAAAAUGGUGCUAACACAUUAAUAAGAUUUCGAAGAGGGGCAAAUAUAUUUAAAACAUUUCCAACUUAUUACAGGGUUCUCAGAAAAAUAAUCCGUUUCGUUAAUCUAUUAUGACAUUAGCAACUAACUAGAAAAGCAUAUAGGUCAUUCCUUGUAAUUGAAUCAUUAAAAUAUUUCGGUUACUUUCAGAAAUUUUCCAAGCUACAAUUCAAUCAGGAACUAACAUUUUUGAAAAAACUGUUUUAUAACGAUUAGUGGGUGAUUUAAACUGUAUCUAAGCUAAUUUCGGCUGCUCAAAACUGUGUCCUUACCACGACUGAAGAAGAAAAUAUAUCCUAAGGAGGUUGUAGAUUGAGGGUACUGUGAUCAGUCCAUUAUUUGUCGCUCACGUAUCUCGAUUUAGAUUGACUAAACCUAACCACGUCUUAUAUGUCAAACUGAGAGUGCAAUGUCAAGAAGUGUCUCAAAGUGAGCGUUGAAAGAAGCAACUCAAACCUCUUAAAGCUUUCGCUUUAUUUUUUCUGUUUUGCCAUAUUUAUCUUAACGCUUAAAACGUCCCUUAAUCCAUUCCAUUUAGGUUUAAGGUUAUAACGCUCUAGACUAAGUGGAACGGGAAAUACCGUGGUUAUGAUUGUCGUGAGUGCUUAGUGGAAUUUACAAUAAGAUAUUCAUUCAGCUCAUUAUAUUCUAACCUAUAAAAUACUUGCCAAUACAAAAGUGAAAUAAAAGUAAAUAAUAAGCCGAAGUGAGUUAUUUCAGUAAAACAAGUUUGGUGCUGAAUCGAUAAGGGAGGAGAUAAAUUUCUCAAUUCAUCUGAUUUGAGUAUAAUAAAAUGAGUUCAAAUAUCUGGGUUUUCAUGUUUAUAUGUAUAUAAGAUUUUUGUAGUUACUGCUCAUGUCGUAAUAAAAAAAAGUUGCUCUUUUUGGUCCCCUGUAGUAUAAUCUCAAAUUAAAAAAAAAUAAAGUUGAAUAAUUUUUUUAACGCUAGAGCAUAAAUAUGUAUAUAUAUAUAUUUGAAAGGAUGGUCUUCUGCGUGUGUGAUAAUUUGUAAUUUUAUUUAACUUGCAUUUACGUUUGGAUUUUAAAAAGAAAAUGCGAAAAUAUUUUUAAAUCUUUAGUACUAAUUUGGCAUUUUAUUUAAGUGUGUACAGAAGUUUGAAUGUUUUGUAUUCUAAUAUAAAAGUUAUUUAAUACAUGAAAUAAACCUUUAUAUGUAAACUCAA